CUUGGUUCAAUCUUAGGGUUAAUCCGAAUUAAAGGGUCAAUUUUGGGUGAUUAUGUUUUACUCCCCAUCCAAUAGUAUGAAAUGAUAGAUAGCCGUAGUAUGAAAUGAUUUUAUUUUUGUGGUUUCCCAUUUUCUUUUUGGUUUGGCUGAGCAAGAUUCUGAACUUCCUUACGCUACUCUCCCCUCCCUUCUCCUCAGCGGCCAAGAGACAACGGCCGGGGUUCGCCGGAAGACGACUAAACUCCGGCGAGCGGCAGCGUAGUGCAACGACUAGAUCAUACCCCCUUUCCCCAGAAAUAAUGGUGGAUUGUGUUGGAUGCUUAAACCCUACUAAAACCCUUUUCAAAGAAACAAACUUUUCACCUCUUUCUUCCCCAAAUCACAGUUUCCAUUGCAAUUACGGUCAAAAUGGAUUCAAAUUGAGGAGAAAAUUCAAAGGAAUUUAUGCUUCUUCAACCAUGUCAACCCCAAAUCAUCCUCGACCCGAUUCGUCAAUUGAUGUUUUGAAUCAGGGUAAUGCCAAUUUAGAGGUUUUGCUAGCUAUUGAAGGGUCUCUCACCAAUUGUCUUUCUGAGACCAACCUUCAUCUCACUGUUCCUGGCCUUAAGUCUAAAACCCGGGGCAAGGUUCGAGACAUAUAUGAUGGAGGUGAUUUUCUUGUUCUGGUUACUACAGACAGGCAAAGUGCAUUUGACAGAGUUCUAGCUUCAAUCCCAUUCAAAGGACAGGUAUUAAAUGAGACAAGUUUAUGGUGGUUUGACCAAACUCAUCAUAUCACUCCAAAUGCGGUAUUGUCAGUUCCUGAUAAGAAUGUCACAAUAGCCAAAAAAUGUACCAUUUUCCCUGUUGAAUUUGUUGUGAGAGGAUUUGUUACUGGAAGCACUGAUACAUCAUUGUGGACAGUCUACAAUAAUGGUGUUCGAAAUUACUGCGGGAAUGCUCUGCCAGAUGGUCUGGUAAAAAAUCAGCGCUUAGAGAGAAACAUACUUACACCAACAACUAAAGCGGCUGAUCAUGAUGUUCCUGUUACUCCAGAUGAGAUAAUAGAACGUGGGCUAAUGACGAAAGCUGAUUUUGAUGAAGUUAGAGAGAAAGCACUGAAUUUAUUUGAGUAUGGACAGCGUGUGGCAUGGGAACAUGGUUUGAUUUUGGUGGAUACUAAGUAUGAGUUUGGGAAGACAAGUGAUGGCACAGUUGUUCUAGUUGACGAGGUGCAUACACCUGAUUCUAGUAGAUACUGGAUUGCGAAAUCUUACGAGGAACGUUUCCGUAAUGGUCUUGAACCUGAAAAUGUUGAUAAGGAGUUUUUGAGAUUGUGGUUCAAAGAUCAUUGUAACCCAUAUGAAGAUGAGGUUCUUCCGGAUGCUCCUAAAGAACUUGUUUGUGAGCUAGCUUCGCGAUAUAUAUAUUUAUAUGAGACAAUAACAGGCUCCAAAUUUGAUAUUCCAAAAACAGAGAUUCCAAUUCAUGACAGAAUCUCUCAAAAUGUCUCAUCGGCGUUGGCAUCUCUCAAGUGAAGGUUCUCAUUUGGAAUGCCAGACAUCAUUGCUUUGUGACUGAAAGUUACAUCAGGGACGUUGAGUUUCUUAGAGGCUUGAAGUCAUUACCUUUACCUUUUUCUCACCUUCUGCUGGAUAAGAUAGAAGGUUUCACGAAAUGACAAUUUCUGGUUGCCACACAAGGGGGAUUUCAAUUUUAAUGCCUGUAUCUCCAAAUUUUGUAUUACUGUAUUCUGCUACUAAUUAGUGGUUGAGCCAGAUAUUCUCCAUUGAAGGCAAUAGAUUAGUUAAUUGUAAUAUUGAUAAUGGCAGGUAGAGUGUGAGCCAUAUAGGAAUAAGUUAGUUGCGAAGGCUCCAAAUUGUAUGUUAAUUGACAGAUCACAUCGAACUGAUGCUUACAGAAGCUAGUUAAGGUACUUCACUAGUAUUUAUUAUUUGUUUUCAGUUUGUCUUGCCAUUGUAGAGACAAUAGAUUUCUGUAACUUUCAAAAUGAAUAGAAAGCUUUUGAUUUAUGCUG